ACUUUCAGCAAUGAUCAAAGUAACCUUUUUUGAAUACUUUACCAACACUGCCAUUUUACGGCCACACAGAAGCCUUUUCACUUUUUGUCAUAGAACUUUCAGUUUUUGACUUAACGAGGCAUAAAGCUGUAAGCGUAAAUUGUUAAAACCAGAAAGUCUGAAUAAUUGUUUUAAAAUGCCAUCACCGUAUACUGAUGACGAGCAGAGCUCCGAUGAGGAGGCAUCACUCACCGCGCCUACUGCCGAUGCUCCUACUCCAUCGACGUACUAUGGGGACGUUUUCGAAUCAUCUAGUAGCGGCGAAGACGCAUCCAGCGACGGCUCAUCCAGCGACGAGUCAUCUGACAACGAUUCACCAUGUCCCGAGACUAGCGGUUUGCAUGAUAAUCCAACCCAUAUAGAAGAUGACAUUUGGAAUUCGGAGGCGACUAUGGUGUCCGAGGAGGAAGAUGCUUCCAAUCUAGUGUUGAACCCGUCGUUUCACAUGCAGGGAGACGAUGUUCCCUAUGGUUCUACCACAGACAAUAGCGAGGAUGAUGCUGUUCGAGACAUGCAGAUGCACGAAAACACACGGACAAGCUCUGCACAAAUAUCGGAAACAUCUCAUAUUGAAGAUAAUUUGCACUCCGACGAGGAUGCACCACUCACCACUCCUACUGCCGAUGCUCCUACUGCUUCUAGUAGCAGCGAAGGCUCAUCCAGCGACGGCUCAUCCAGCGACGAGUCAUCUGACAACGAUUCACCAUGUCCCGAGAGGACCAGCGGUUUGGAUGAUAAUCCAACUCGAAGACCGCCUAUUGUGCCGCAAGUGGAGGUAGAUGCUUCCAAUCUCGUGUUUAACCCGUGGUUCCACAUGCAGGGAGACGAUGUUCCCUAUGGUUCUACCACAGACAAUAGCGAGGAUAAUGCUGUUCCAGACAACAGCGAGGCUGUUCCAGACAUGCAGAUGCACGAAAACACACGGACAAGCUCUGCACAAAUAUCGGAAACAUCUCAUAUUGAAGAUAAUUUGCACUCCGACGAGGAUGCACCACUCACCACUCCUACUGCCGAUGCUCCUACUGCUUUUAGUAGCAGCGAAGGCUCAUCCAGCGACGGCUCAUCCAGCGACGAGUCAUCUGACAACGAUUCACCAUGUCCCGAGAGGACCAGCGGUUUGGAUGAUAAUCCAACUCGAAGACCGCCUAUUGUGCCGCAAGUGGAGGUAGAUGCUUCCAAUCUCGUGUUUAACCCGUCGUUCCACAUGCAGGGAGACGAUGUUCCCUAUGGUUCUACCACAGACAAUAGCGAGGAUAAUGCUGUUCCAGACAACAGCGAGGCUGUUCCAGACAUGCAGAUGCACGAAAACACACGGACAAGCUCUGCACAAAUAUCGGAAACAUCUUAUAUUGAAGAUAAUUUGCACUCCGAUGAGGAGGCAUCGGUGUGCUAUGUGGAUCUUUUCGAUUCAUCUAGUAGCAGCGAAGGCUCAUCCAGCGACGGCUCAUACAGCGGCGAAUUAUCUGGCAACGAUUCACCAUGUCCCGACGACAUGGUUGUCCCAAGCUCAAGUUCAUUCAUAGGAGACGAUUUUCACGAUGUUUCCACCACAGACAAUUUCGUGGAUGUGGCCGUUCCAGACAACAGCGAGGCUGUGGCCGUUCCAGACAACAGCGGGGAUGUGGCCGUUCCAGACAACAGCGAGGUUGUGGCUUUUGGCGUUCCAGGCAUACAGAUGCACGAAAGCCCACAGCCAAUCUCUUCACAAAUAUCGAACCCAUCCAAUUCUAAAGUUAAUUUGCAGCCAACUCGUCGUCGACGCACCGCACCGGCCUACUUCAAUGAUCCGGAAUCAAUUGGAGCGCGUGUGGCCAAGCGUAAGAGAGGCAGCAUCGCCCCUAUUGAAUUAGCCACACCCCUAGACGCAACAAACCACUUUCAGGAGGUGUCUGCCCUAUUGGCGAACGAGCGCGUGAGCCAGCAGGACUUUCUGCAGUUUUCCAAAAAAUCUAUUCGCUCACUGCAAAAAGCCAUAGCUAGCAGCAAAAGAGCCUUGAGGGAGGCCCCCAAGUAGUGCUUUCACAUUGAGAAUUCGGAUAUAAUAAUAAAGAAUAAUACAUUGUGCGUACGCCUCAAUACUUCGACAAGCGCAUGGACGUGUGUAUGUAUGUACAUAAAUAAUUCCUUAGGCUUAGUUGAGGCAGUGCUGGGCAAGAUCCUUGUUGUCUGCACGC